AAGCCGCGCCAGCGCAGUUUGGAAACGGCGCCAAAUCAAACUGCGUUUUACGUUAUAUCUUAUUUUCAUCUUUUUUUGUAUGAAAUGUGUCUAUCAGAAUCAGAUGAAGACGGUUAAAGAGUUGCGGGUUUAAAGGACCGACGUAGAAAGAGCAGGUAUCGCGGUGUUUUGGAGAGGAAGCGCAGCUGCGACCGUUAUCCGCCGCUAGAGGAGAGACCGGGGACUCGAUUUGUGUUGCUACGCCGCGCGAGGCGCCUCUCCGUCGGCCUGACGGUCAUGAGCUGCCCGGUGGACUUCCAGGCCCUGCCCAGGGGCGUCCUGCGAGAGGUUUUUACUCCAGAAAACAUGAGAGCAAGGGUCUCGGCGAACUCGCUGACUCAGCUGAGUUUCCCCAAAUCCAGAUCAGCUCUGUGGGACAGCAGCCCCGCGGGAGAGAAGCUCCGCCUCCAGCUCUGCUCACGCAGGAAGCCUCGUGUGGUUCUCCUGGAAAAAGCCCUCCGUCUGGCGCAACGUCACACCCGUCAUAGCAACAAGCCCCGCCUCCACUUCUUCUUCCUGGGAUCAGUGUCUGUGGAUGCAGAUGAGGAGGGGCUCGUGGUGACGCUGGACCGCUUCGAUCCGGGUAGGGAGCAGGCCGGAUCCUCAGGCCGGGUUCCGGCCGCGAUUCUUCCCGGAGACGUCCUGGUCCCGUGUUUGUUCUCCGCUCAGCCCGAGGCAGCGCCUGACGCCGUCGUCCAAUCAGAGGCGGAGCUGCAUCGGAGUUUCAAGGCUCUGCAGCAGUUGGUGAGCAGCAGACAGACCCUGGAUCUGUGUCAGCUGCUGAAGAUCCGAGCUCGUAUGGUCUGCUCUCAGCAGUCCGACGCCGCGGCCGUCAGUCUCAGCUGGUCGGCCGUCUGUCCCGCCGCCGCCGUGGACGUGCAGCCGGUCAGAGCCGUCCCCAUCGUCCCCACCGCCCUGCUGAGGAGUCUGGUCAGCGUCGGCCGGCCGCCACAGCCCACCGGCCGACAGAGAGGGUUUCUGACCAUGGACCAGACCAGGAAGCUGGUCCUCCUGCUGGAGUCGGAUCCCAAAGCCGGCAGUCUGCCGCUCGUUGGGCUCUGGCUGAGCGGCGUCACGCACGUGUACAGCCCACAGGUGUUCGCCUGGAGCCUGAGGUUCAUGUUCAGCUCCUCCCUCAAGGACAGGGUUCUCUCAGAAAGCGGCUGCUUCCUCCUCGUCGUGUUCGGCUCCACCCACCGUGCUCCUCAGUUCUUCCAGUGUCACGGUUCUGGACCAGGACCGGGACCGGGCACACAGCUGGACUGCCAGCUGCUGACCGCCUCCCAGUCUUCCACGCUCUACCAGGUGGCGCCGGCGGCCGGCCGGACCCUGCAGGUCGAGCUGGUUCCGGAGGACCGGAGCAGACAGGCCCAGGUCUUCAGGGCGGCCCAGACCUCCUUCAGCAGCUCGCCUCCACCCGCCGCUCGGCUCUCUGUCAGCGACCAGGACUCUGGCGUCGAGGACGGAGACUUCUCCCCCCGGCCGACCCCGAGCCCCCACCCCCCCGCUGCUCAGAUCCAAAGACUUCAGCCCUCCGUCCCUGAACUCUCUCUGCUAAUGGACGCCAACUUCUCCUUCAAUCAGGGCCCGGGGCAGGACCCUGGCCCCGCCCACAGGCCGCCGGCUCCUCCCUCCACAUCCACCUCUUCCUCCACUCCCUCUGCUGCUCUUCAUCGUCACAGCACCCCCCACUCCAACCUGCAGCAGCCCUGCGGCUGCUGCUCCGCCCAAACCAACAACUGCACCCCCAUUUUCUCCUCUCCGGUCCUCCACCCUGCUGCUGCACCUCUGUCCCGGCAGCACUCUUCUUCUCCUCCUUCCUCCCAUCACUCUGCUCCCCAUCCUCCUUCCUCCCAUCACUCUGCUCCCCAUCCUCCUUCCUCCCAUCACUCUGCUCCCCAUCCUCCUUCCUCCCAUCACUCUGCUCCCCAUCCUCCUUCCUCCCAUCACUCUGCUCCCCAUCCUCCUUCCUCCCAUCACUCUGCUCCCCAUCCUCCUUCCUCCCAUCAGCAGAGACUUCCUUCCUCCAAGCUCCACUCCACACCGUCUCCUACCAGCCAUCACGUAGCCCCGCCUCCUCCCUCCUCCUAUCAGAACGCUCCCUCCACCCCCCUCCCCACUCCUUCACGCCCUUCCUCACAACGGUACCCUUAUCUUCCGUCCAGCAUCCCUCCUUCUACUCCUCCUCCCACCUCCACCUGUCAGGCUCUCCUUCCCUCCUUCACUCACCUGGCUCCUCCUCCGUCUCAUCAGCAUAAUUCACCUCCUCCCCCCUUCAACCCCUCUAGUCCUCUCUCCACACACCACCACACUCCUCCCCCCUCCUCUCGUCUUUCUGCCCCUCCCUGCCCCUGUAGCCCCCCCCCUCCUCCUCCUCCUCACCCCCACCCGGCCUCGGCUGACCCCGCCUCCCCCCCGUGGCUCCCCCGGCCCUCGUGUUUGAAUCGCUGCUGUGAUCCGGGGGGGACGGCGGUGGCGCCGGACACUUUCCAGCUGCUGCUGCAUCAGGACCAGCAGCUCCGCCUCCUGCAGGCUCAGGUCCAGAUGCUGCUGGAGGCUCAGAGGAAGAUCCAGUCGUCCAGCCGACAGGUGGAGGCUCCGACGCCCCGGAGCACGGCCAGCAUCGCCGUGGAGACGGGUGCCAGUCUGUUCUGGGGGAACGGACCGGUGCAGCCUCCAGCUCAUCACGUUGAGCCUCCUCCUCAUCCCUUCUCACCCAAACCUUCAUCACCUUCCUCCAGCUCCUCGGCCUCGUCACAUGACCAGAGUGCCAGAUCCCCUGUGGGCGGAGCCGAGGACGGUGACAUCACAGAACAGGCUGCUCACUGCUCCCCGUCCGGCCGGCACAGCACCAGCGGCGUGCAGACUCCGGUUCUGGGGGAAAGUGUCAGCAUGUACGAACCCGCCCAGGACGAGCAGGACUUCUACCAGAACCUCAUGACUCAGCUCAACAGCCGCCUCCAAGAGUCUGACAGCAAACAGGAAGCUGCGGAGGAGUCCAGGAGGAGGAGCUCGUCCGUCUCUGGCCACUCCCGAUCCUCCCAGUCUUCCCAGUCUUCCCAGUCCUCCUCAUCCUCAUCCAAGAGGAAGAAGGAGCAGAGGAGUCCAGAAGACCCUGUGAUCAGAGCUACGCUGCAGCAGCUGCAGAAACUCGGCGUUGACAUGAACGAGACCGACCUCAGCGAGACGGAGAGGACCCGACUGAGAGCCGUGGAGAGCGCCAGCACCCUGGCGAGCAUCAACCCGGCGGCGGUCGUGUCCCGGCUGAGCGUGUCCGAGCCGACGGCCAGCGCCCUGUUCCCCGGGGGCAGCGUGGACCUGAGCCUGGAGGCCAACGCCAUCGCCCUGCGCUACCUGAGCGACUCCCAGCUCAGCCGGCUGUCCCUGGGAGGACACGCCCCCCGCCUCGUCCCCACGCCGUCCUCCUCCCGGGACUCAACGCUGUCGCCUAGCAACAUGUCCCUGGCCACCCGGAAGUACAUGAGGAAGUACGGCCUGAUAGAAGAGGAGGAGGAAGAGGAAGAGGAGGAGGAGGAGGGCGGGGUCCAGGGGGCGUCGGCCCGCCAGCCGCUGGCCGAGGCCCUGAACGUGAAGCUCCUCCCCCAGAGUCAGCUGAUCCGGGACCUGCGGCCCAAGAUGCAGCUGCUGAGCUCCGGCUCCAGGCCCGGCUCGGAGGACAAGGAGAACUGCUCCAGGAGGAGGCCCAGACCGGACCGGCAGCCCGAGGGCUCGCUGGGGAACAUCCUGGACCUGAGCCGCCUCAGGCAGCUGCCCAAGCUGUUCUGACGGCCGGGACCGGGCCAGAACCGGCCCGUCCUGCACAGAGCAUUAAAACCUCUACAUGAACUCUAAUGUGACCCGGGUCCUGGUGCUGCAGAGAACCCCCCCCAGGAGGGGGGGUCCUGGACCCGACCCGCCCGGGUCAGUGUGGUCUCCUCAGUCUAGUGUUUUUAUCUGUGUUUUCUCUUUGAGCCCUUUUUCUUAAAAUGUGAAUUGUCUUUUGCACAGUUUUUUAAUAUUUAUGAUUU